AUUGAUCACUCGGUAGUAGAAAGUUUUGAAGGAGAAGGAAGGGCCUGCAUCACAGCAAGAGUAUAUCCCACGAUAGCCAUUGAUGACAUGGCACAGUUAUAUGUUUUCAACAAUGGAACUGCGUCUGUCGAGAUCACAAAACUGAGUGCUUGGAGCAUGAAGAAGGCAAAAAUAAACUGA